UUGUAGCUCCUUUGGAAGGAAGUGCGGAGAUCACUGAGGACAACAGGACUGAAGCUGGAAAGCCAUUUAGGAUAUAUAUAUCCAUUGCAAGGUCUUCACUCCCGGUCGAAUUCCUUGGAGCCCAUGCUCUUAUCUGGCUUUCUGGGGUUUCGGCUGAGGGUUUGUGAGGAUCAUGUCUGGACUUCUGGCUCCUGGGGGCAUUCUGCGCACAUAGGCUCAAGGGCUGUCACGAGCCGUGACUACUAGGCUUUCUGAGGACUGAGAACUUGUCGGGCCGACCUCGGGAGCUGCAAUGCUUUUUUGGAUAUAUGUAUGAUCUACGGUCUUCGCACUUGCACGAUCUGCUCUUCUCCAUCGAACUCUUGUCCCGGCUCUUAAUUCUUCGCAAGUGUCUAUUCCAUCUUCAGGUUUUACUGGUCGGAAUCGUCGCUGGACAACAAUUUGGGCUAUUGCUUUGGCGACAGUUGAUCUGCUGAAUUCUUGACUGGACAGAGCUUCCCCUGGGCGUCUUUUACCCUCUUCGCUCAGACUGCUGGGCAAAAUUUAAGAACAAGGACGGAGAUGAAGUGGGCGGAUUACUGGCGGUCGAUAGCAUGCGUCCCAUCUGUAGUCACCAGUCUCCAACGGCGGUAUGGAUCUCGUACCAAGCAUCGAUUUCUGGCCAACAGACCAUUCGCUUUCCAUCACGAAUGAGCAAACAGCCGGAGAUAUAAAUAUCUGAGUCGGUAUCAAAAUGGCUUGCUUAAGGAUCUUCCCGCUAAUCAACGAAUGCUUGGUCGCCGGGUGUUUAUGCGGCACUAUGGUCAUGAACCAGGCGAAGUCGCAACCCUUGACGCACCGAUACGCUCAAAGUCCACACGAACUGCGCCUACCCGCCAGAAUCCCGGCGCUUCCUACAUCGAUGCCCUCCAUCUCAGACUACCCGUGGAAUUGUGGAACUCAGUCUUCUCUUCUCUCCCUGCAGAGGAGAUUAGAGAGCUCAGGACUCAGAGCUUCGGUCUUCGUGACCUCAUCGAUGCCAACCAAGAAGCUAUCGUUCGAGGCAUCACAGAGACCGCGUUAACAAGGCUAGUCAGAGAGACGGAAGAAGCCAACUCUCUGUCGCCUGGAUUCGUUAGAGCUUUACGCAAAUGGCUCGACAGGAACGGCAUCUGUGAGAAAUGCUAUAGUGCUGCACACUACGAUGACUUAGCUGCAUUCAUCUGGCACUGGUCUCGUCGAAUAUCCCCUAUACUGACGACGGAGCAGCAGCCGAGCAGAGAAGACUUCGAAAUCAUGAAUACAGCUUGUCGAUACAUCAUCGCGCUAGAGUCGAUGCCUCUACAAUGUGACCUCGCGAGGAGAGUGCAGUCCACAAGACAGUACGUCAACCAGCUACAAAGGAUUCUAUCACAACGUCAAGAUCUGUUUGCCUUCAAAGGGAAAGAUGAAAUCUACUCUCUUCUAGAUCGCCUCGAAUACCAGCCUCAACCAUACCCUUACGACCUACUUUGCGGAGGCAAUCACAUUACCCCACCGAUGACUAAUUCCGAAUUGUUGGAAAACCAUUCCGGGCAUGAGGAUGAGACUCCCGAGGUUAUUUCCCUCGUGCCAUUGCGAAAUAAUGCAAAGGUCGUCGAAUUUGAGUGCGACAUCGAUCGCGACGAAGCACUGCAAAGACUCCAUCUCGCGCUCGGCAUACCGCGACUUGUGGAAAGUGCACCGGGAACCUACUAUUCUCGCAGAACUGCGAGAUGGGUCAUGAAAAUGGUCAGACGCAUCACAUCGGGCGAGGCUCUUGAGUUCGACUCAUUGGAUAAGGCGUGCAUGCUGGAGGCCAUCAAGGUCAUUUGA